AAUUGUCAUUGUUAUUUAACUUAAAUUUAUUGUUAAAUAUUUAUUUGUUUAUUUAUAAUUAAAAUAUAAAUUAUAAUCUAAUUUUGCAAAAUCACACGUGUUAUUUUUGACCAACAGUAUAUAAUCAAGUAGACAUUUGGUUCAACUCAAUAACAUCAAGAUGGAGCACUCAACUUGGAGUUUUUUGUCAAUAAUAAAACACGUGGAUGUUGUUGCUGUCAGCUGAUGCGUGCGCUGCGAAUUUUUUUUAAUUUAUUUGCAAUUUUAUGUAUACGUAAAUUGAUAUUUUCAUUGUGUUGGGAGGAAUACUUCAAUAUUGUGUACAAACAUGACUAACUGACCAAUUAUCAGUGAUCAGGGUAAUCAGUUUUAGGCGAGCCUGAAGCCAUUCAUCAACGUGUCUAUUGUUACAGUGUCACUACAUCCAGACAUAUUGUAAAUUUAAAAAAUAACAAAAAAUGGAGUCACAAGAAUCAAGAAAAUUAGCACGAUGGUAUUUUGGUGGUAUUGCAUCUUCAGGUGCAGCCUGUGUAACUCAUCCACUGGAUUUGCUAAAGGUUCAAUUGCAAACACAGCAAGAGGGCAAAGUAUCAAUUGUUAAGCACACAUUAAAAAUCAUUAAAAAACAAGGAGUAUUGGCAUUGUAUAAUGGACUAAGUGCAUCAUUAUUACGUCAAGGUACAUAUUCAACAACAAGAUUUGGUGUAUAUGAGGUUGUUAAGCAAGGCAUGGAAAAACCAGGCGAGCCACUGCCGUUCUAUAAAAAGCUCAUAAUUGCUGGUUCUGCUGGAGCUAUUGGUGGUAUAUUUGGAACUCCUGGUGAUUUAAUUAAUGUACGAAUGCAAAAUGAUAUUAAAUUACCAAAAGAACAAAGAAGAAAUUAUAAACAUGCAAUUGAUGGUUUGAUACGUGUCAGUCGUGAGGAAGGAUUUAUUAAACUUUUUAAUGGUUGUUCAACAGCAACUGGACGAGCAAUAUUAAUGACAAUUGGUCAAUUAAGUUUUUAUGAUCAAAUUAAACAGUAUUUACUGACACAUGCUAAUAUGAAUGAUAAUUUGGGUACACAUUUUGCUGCUAGUCUGUCUGCAGGGGCCAUUGCUACGACCUUGACACAACCCCUUGAUGUAUUGAAGACACGUGCAAUGAAUGCAAAACCUGGUGAAUUUAAAAAUAUUGGACAACUUAUUAUGUACACUGCAAAAAUGGGCCCAUUGGGCUUUUUCAAGGGAUAUGUACCAGCAUUUGUUCGACUGGCACCUCACACAAUUUUAACAUUUGUCUUCCUCGAACAGCUGAGAAUUUACUGUGGUUACAUUCCUGACAAUAAAAAAGGGAUUAAUGGGAUUUAACAAUAUCUUCCAUGUAAGUUUAUUUAAAAAAAACAAAUGAACAUUCCAUCUUAGGAAUUUACUUAAUUAAAAAAAAGAGUUAAAUACUUGCCAAUAGCAUAAUCAUGAUUACAGUUUUAUUUUUUUAAUUAUUUUAUUUAUAACUGACAAAGUUUUACAUAAAAAAAAAACAAGAGAAAUAAAAUAGUAGUUUAUAAUAUUGACAUUCCAUUACUCUGCAACUUAUUGAAUAUAUAUGCUGGCAUAUUAUGACAUCCUACGAUGAAACUUUUUUAUUUUUGUUCCCAAUAAACGUACAAAGCCAGUGUAAUUAAUUUAUUAUCAUUUAAAAAAAUUAUUGUAGAUAAUAGUUUGUGGAUAUUAAAGUUGAAAGUUAUAUUUAAAUUUUAAAAAAUGAAUGAACGUAUGAAAUUUCAUGGCAUGAUGCCAGUCAAUGGAUCAAUUUAGACUGAUGCAAUAACUUCCACAAUUAUUAUCAAUAUAUGAAAAAAAUUAAAAAAACAAAAAGAGUAUAAAUAAAUAAUAUUCUUAAUGUUGAAUAACUUUUAUUUAUUUAUUCACAAUUACCUUUCUUCUUUUUUUUUUUUUUAGUCGACGUUAUCCUUAUUGACCCUUGUCAAGUCCUCCUCUUCUUCUCCCUGGGAAGAGUAACAUAAUUAAUAAUAUUAUUCAUUGCUGAAAAAAAAAAAUCUAUUUUCUUGUUUUUUAAUGAUCUACAAAAAGUGAAAAUAGCAACUCGUCAAAGCCCCUGUGAGGAGGGACAUACUAAAGAAAUUUAUUCGAUCAAAAAUAAUUAAAAUCUAUUUUUAUUUAUUUUUUAAAAAUAAAGUUCUCCUAGAAGAACGCUUCAGUAGAUAUUUCUGAAAUUUGUCAAGCAAGUAGAGACAAGCCACGACUAUUUUCAAAAACAUUCUCGUCGUAGGCCACAAGCAUUAUUUAUUGCUUAAAAAAGGAAUUAUAAUAAAACAAAAUCUUAUUUUCAAUUCAAAAAUUUUUAUUUGUUUUUCUAUAAUUAAUUACAUAUAAUACUAAAUUAAAUAUAAUUAGCAAAAAAGAAAACUAUAUUUGUGUUUUAUAUAAUUUUUAAAUAUUUAUUUAUAACAGCUUCAAUUGACUUUUGUUUUUCAUAUAGUUUUUCUCGUGAGUGAAAAAAUUGAUUAAAUUUUUGUAAUUAAAUUAUUAUUUGUAACUUUAAUAAUUAGUAUUUUAUUUUCAUCAAAACUGACUGAUAAAUCUAUUGGUUUUAUGCCAUCUCUUUUACUCAUAAUUAUUUAUAAUUUUAAUUUGUAAAUUUUAUAGGCAAUACUUAUUGUCAGAACACUGGCAAUAAAACAGUUGUUCUCAAACGAAAAAAAAAA